AUUUACUUAGUCUACCUUCUAUAUCGAUGAUUUUAUCACGGCCCUGUCAGUAGUAAGAACUCCUUUCCUUUUUCACUCUCUUUCAACUAACCGGAGACGAGAGUUGUGCCUUUGGAGGUGAAGUGUCAAAUUCGAGGAACAGAAGAUGUGGUCGUCAUUAUGGGAAACAGCAAAGCUAACACCAUUCUCAACACCUUUUACGACGGUUAGAUGUCAGGGUCAUGAUGAGAGUAUGCAAUCGCUCGUUAAAAAUCGUAACAUCGCGGCUGCCUCUACGGAUACAGGUGACAGUUGCGAAUUUGGUUCCAACAAAUAUUUCAUGCUAUGUGGACUUGGAGGAAUUUUGUCUUGUGGAAUAACUCAUACCAUGGUUACUCCAUUGGAUUUAGUAAAAUGCCGUAUUCAAGUAAACCCUGCAAAAUAUAAAUCAGUUUUCAACGGUUUUCGAGUAACCUUAGCCGAAGAUGGAACUAGAGGUUUGGCAAGAGGUUGGGCACCCACAUUUUUCGGAUAUUCUAUUCAAGGAAUGUUCAAAUUUGGUCUUUAUGAAGUCUUUAAAGUUUAUUAUUCUGCUCUUGCUGGCGAAGAGUGGUCUUACGAAUACAGAACUACUUUAUAUCUCAUUUCUUCGGCAUCUGCAGAAUUCUUUGCAGACAUUGGUUUAGCUCCACUCGAAGCCGCUAAGGUCAGAAUUCAAACUAUGCCUGGUUUUGCAAAUACCUUACGAGAGGCAUUCCCAAAGAUGUAUGCGGAUGAAGGUUUUGGUGGUUUUUAUAAAGGUCUGGUACCUUUGUGGUUGCGUCAAAUUCCAUAUACCAUGAUGAAAUUCUCAUGCUUUGAACGUACCCUUGAAUUGUUGUACAAGUAUGUAGUACCUAAACCAAGGUUAGAAUGUACUAAGGGUGAACAGUUGAUCGUUACAUUUGCUGCGGGUUAUAUCGCUGGUGUAUUUUGUGCAGUUGUUUCUCAUCCUGCUGAUUCUGUUGUUUCCAAGUUAAAUCAAGAAAAAGGAGCUACAGCUGGUGAUGUAUUGAAAAAACUUGGUUUUGCUGGUGUGUGGAAAGGACUGGGACCUAGGAUUAUUAUGAUUGGUACUCUUACAGCAGCACAAUGGUUCAUUUAUGAUGCAGUAAAAGUUUGGCUACGUAUGCCACGUCCACCACCACCAGAAAUGCCAGAAUCUCUCAAAAAGAAGUAUGGUGUUGCUUAAACACUAUACGCGGUUAACUUUUUAAUUGGAUCAUUAACAGAUCACAGUUAGAAGAUAAACCAUAGGCAAAUUCAAUUAAUUUCAUACAUUACAUUGUUGAACAAUGUCCAACAAUUCCCUUUUUUGUGUAUUUAUUCAUCAGUAAAUUAAUAAACUCAUCAGUGAAGGCAACACUGCCAGACUAUUAGAAGUGAAAAACUGUAAUACUAUUCCACGACGGAAGAAAAAAAUAGCGCUUUUGUGAAACGGAGUCGUGACAGCUAUGUUACACAAUGUAACUAUGUACUGUUAUUGUAUAUAUGAGUGAUCAUUGUAAAUAAAUAGAAUGAUUACUCGGAUAA